AUGUACAACCCGAAGCCCUGCAUGUACAACCCGGAGCCCUGCAUGUACAACCCGGAGCCCUCCAUGUACAACCCGGAGCCCUGCAUGUACAACCCGGAGCCCUGCAUGUACAACCCGGAGCCCUCCAUGUACAACCCGGAGCCCUGCAUGUACAACCCAGAGCCCUGCAUGUACAACCCGGAGCCCUCCAUGUACAACCCAGAGCCCUGCAUGUACAACCCGGAGCCCUGCAUGUACAACCCAGAGCCCUGCAUGUACAACCCGGAGCCCUGCAUGUACAACCCGGAGCCCUCCAUGUACAACCCGGAGCCCUGCAUGUACAACCCAGAGCCCUGCAUGUACAACCCGGAGCCCUCCAUGUACAACCCAGAGCCCUGCAUGUACAACCCGGAGCCCUGCAUGUACAACCCGGAGCCCUCCAUGUACAACCCGGAGCCCUGCAUGUACAACCCGGAGCCCUCCAUAUACAACCCGGAGCCCUGCAUGUACAACCCGGAGCCCUCCAUGUACAACCCGGAGCCCUGCAUGUACAACCCAGAGCCCUGCAUGUACAACCCGGAGCCCUCCAUGUACAACCCAGAGCCCUGCAUGUACAACCCGGAGCCCUGCAUGUACAACCCGGAGCCCUCCAUGUAUAACCCGGAGCCCUGCAUGUACAACCCGGAGCCCUGCAUGUACAACCCGGAGCCCUCCAUGUACAACCCGGAGCCCUGCAUGUACAACCCGAAGCCCUGCAUGUACAACCCGGAGCCCUCCAUGUACAACCCGGAGUCCUGCAUGUACAACCCAGAGCCCUCCAUGUACAACCCAGAGCCCUCCAUGUACAACCAGGAGCCCUCCAAGUACAACCCGGAGCCCUCCAUGUACAACCUGGAGCCUUCCAUGUACAACCUGGAGCCCUACAUGUACAACCUGGAGCCCUCCAUGUACAACCCGGAGCCCUCCAUGUACAACCCGAAGCCCUCCAUGUACCACCUGGAGGCUCCCCCCCCCCCCCCCCAUGUAUAA